CCGUCCUGGCCGGGGCGAUGAGCAGGGUGGGUCCUGGCCGUGAGCUGGCGAGGGGACAAGGACACUGGCGGAGCCGCUGAGGGGCAAUGCCACCGUGGGAAAGGCGGCGGGGACCGCGCAGCCGGCUGGGCACGGCUCACGCAGCCCUCCCGCAGCUCCAGCGCCGGCUGAGCCCUUUUCCUGCCGCUGCCCAGCGCCUCCUUCCCUGGCUCCGGCCAGCCCGUGCCUCAGGACGAGCCAUGGCCUCGGUAAGGAAUCCCGCGCACCGUGGGCGGGGAUGCCGGUGAAGCGAGCGGGCUGCCUCCCCGUCUCUGCCCGGCCCGGGACCAGCGGCUGACUGGGAGCUGGAAUGUUUCCCACUGCAGGCGAUGCCCAGCCCAGCCCGCCCCGCUCCUAGCCUGGCUUCCCAGGGGUGACAUUCCCGCUUUUCUCCGGUCCGGAGAGCAGUGCCACCGAGCAUGCCGCAGAAAACUCCUCUGCAGCCGAAGCCCAGGGGAGUUUUCCAGUGAGUCCAGCUCCUUAAAAGCCAGAGUUGUCCCUUCCCACCCCGGCCUUGGGAAGCGCCUCCGACAGCGAAUUUCCCUGCGCCCGGCGGGUGUCAGGGUCCUGGAGUGGGGGCUGGAGGAGGGGGCUGCCAUGGAAGAGAAUGUGUUCAGCGUGCAGCAGAUCCAGCCCAACGUCAUCUCGGUGAGGCUCUUCAAGCGCAAGGUGGGCGGCCUCGGCUUCCUGGUGAAGGAGCGCGUCAGCAAACCUCCCGUCAUCAUCUCCGACCUGAUCCGGGGCGGGGCUGCCGAGCAGAGUGGCCUCAUCCAGGCUGGGGACAUCAUUUUAGCCGUCAAUGGCAGGCCCCUGGUGGACAUGAGCUAUGAGACGGCGCUGGAGAUCCUGAGAAGCAUCGCCUCCGAGACCUACGUGGUCCUCAUCCUGCGCGGCCCCGAGGGCUUCACCACUCACCUGGAGACCACUUUCACGGGAGACGGGACACCCAAAACCGUCCGUGUCACCAGACCCCUGUGCCCGGCUCCGAAGGCGGUUGACUUGUCCAACCCAAGCGUUCCCGGCAAAGAGCAGCCGCUGCCCGCAGCCAUGGGAUCCCUGUGGAGCAGGGAAAUGGGGAAGGAGGUGGAGCCCAUGGUCCACGUUAACGGGGUCGUUCCCGGCAGCAAAGGGCCGGACACCGGGAAGGGCAAGGACGGGGCUUGUGCUCACUCCUGUCUCAACGGCGGCGUGGAAGGCAACGAGCUGCUCAAAGAAAUCGAGCCCGUCCUGGACCUGCUGAAGAGCCGCAGUAAGGACAGCGAUGGAGAUGCGCCCUCCAAGGUAGAGACACGGGAUAUAGAAGUCCAGGUGGACUGUUUCAGGGAAGGGGAGAGCAAUCCCCAGAAAGCUUUGCCAGCUGGGAUGGAGAACGAUCGUGUCCUGGGGGACCUGUGGGGGAAGAGCAACGUCCCCGUGGUCCUGAACAACCCCUACUCGGAAGCAGAGCAGCCGCCGCCGUCCGGGCGCCAGUCCCCGACCAGGAACACCCACAACGGGAGCCCCUCCAAGUGCCCCCGCUUCGUGAAAAUCAAGAACUGGGAGACGGGAUCCGUGCUCCACGACACCCUGCACCUCAAAACUGCCAUGGCCACGGCGUGCACCGAGCAGAUCUGCAUGGGCUCCGUGAUGACCCCCAGCCCCCACAUCCGCAAGUCAGAGGACACCAGGACCAAGGAGGAGCUGCUGCUCCUGGCCAAGGACUUCAUUGACCAGUACUACUCCUCCAUAAAGAGAUCCGGCUCCAAGGCCCACAUGGAGAGGCUGGAGGAGGUGACCAAGGAGAUUGAGGCCACUGACACCUACCAGCUGCGGGACACGGAGCUGAUCUACGGAGCCAAGCACGCCUGGAGGAACGCGGCGCGCUGCGUGGGCAGGAUCCAGUGGUCCAAGCUGCAGGUGUUCGAUGCCCGGGACUGCACCACGGCCCACGGGAUGUUCAAUUACAUCUGCAACCACAUCAAGUACGCCACCAACAAGGGGAACCUCAGAUCCGCCAUCACCAUCUUCCCGCAGCGCACGGACAGCAAGCACGACUUCCGCAUCUGGAACGCGCAGCUGAUCCGCUACGCCGGCUACAAACAGCCCGACGGCUCCGUCCUGGGCGAUCCCGCCAACGUGGAGCUGACCGAGAUCUGCAUCCAGCAAGGCUGGAAGGCACCGUACGGGCGCUUCGACAUCCUGCCCCUGCUCCUCCAAGCCAACGGCAACGACCCCGAGCUCUUCGAAAUCCCGCCGGAACUCGUGCUGGAAGUGCCCAUCCGGCACCCCAAGUUUGAGUGGUUUAAGGAGCUGGGCCUGAAGUGGUACGGGCUGCCAGCCGUUUCCAACAUGCUGCUGGAGAUCGGGGGCCUGGAGUUCUCCGCCUGCCCCUUCAGUGGCUGGUACAUGGGCACGGAGAUCGGCGUCCGCGACUACUGCGACAACUCCCGCUACAACAUCCUGGAGCAAGUGGCCAAGAAAAUGAACCUGGAUAUGAGGAAAACGUCCUCGCUGUGGAAGGACCAGGCCCUGGUGGAGAUCAACAUCGCUGUGCUCUACAGCUUCCAGAGUGACAAGGUGACCAUCGUGGAUCACCACUCGGCCACCGAGUCCUUCAUCAAGCACAUGGAGAACGAGUACCGCUGCCGGGGCGGCUGUCCCGCCGACUGGGUCUGGAUUGUCCCGCCCAUGUCGGGCAGCAUCACCCCCGUGUUCCACCAGGAGAUGCUCAACUACCGCCUGACGCCCUCCUUUGAGUACCAGCCGGACCCCUGGAACACCCACGUCUGGAAAGGGGUCAAUGGGACCCCCACCAAGAAGAGGGCCAUUGGCUUUAAGAAGCUGGCAAAGGCUGUGAAGUUCUCAGCCAAGCUGAUGGGCCAAGCCAUGGCCAAGAGGGUCAAGGCCACCAUCCUGUACGCCACGGAAACGGGGAAGUCCCAGGUCUAUGCAAAAACUCUGUGUGAGAUCUUCAAACACGCCUUUGAUGCCAAGGUGAUGUCCAUGGACGAGUACGACGUCGUGCACCUGGAGCACGAAACCAUGGUCCUGGUGGUCACCAGCACCUUCGGCAACGGGGACCCCCCCGAGAACGGAGAGAAAUUUGGCUGUGCGUUAAUGGAGAUGAAGAAUCCCAACUCCAACCUGGAGGAGAGGAAGAGCUACAAGGUCCGGUUCAACAGCGUCUCCUCCUACUCGGACGCACGGAAAUCCUCCAGCGAUGGCCCCGACUCCAGGGACAACUUCGAGAGCACGGGGCCCCUGGCAAACGUCAGGUUCUCGGUGUUCGGGCUGGGCUCCCGUGCUUACCCCCAUUUCUGCGCCUUCGCCCGCGCCGUGGACACGCUCCUGGAGGAGCUGGGGGGAGAGAGGAUCCUCCGCAUGGGAGAAGGGGAUGAGCUCUGUGGCCAGGAGGAAUCCUUCAGGACCUGGGCCAAGAAGGUCUUCAAGGCAGCGUGUGACGUGUUCUGCGUGGGGGACGACGUCAACAUCGAGAAAGCCAACAACUCCCUCAUCAGCAACGACCGCAGCUGGAAGAGGAGCAAGUUCCGCCUGACCUACGUGGCCGAGGCCCCGGAGCUCACACAAGGACUGUACAGCAUCCACAAAAAACGCGUCUACGCAGCGCGGCUCCUCACGCGCCAGAACCUGCAGAGCCCCAAGUCCAGCCGCCUGACGAUUUUCCUGCGCCUGCACACCAACGGGCACCAGGAGCUCCAGUACCUGCCCGGGGACCACCUGGGGGUGUUCCCAGGGAACCACGAGGACUUGGUCAAUGCCCUCAUAGACAGGCUCGAGGAUGCCCCUCCGACCAACCAGCUGGUGAAGGUGGAGCUGCUGGAGGAGAGAAGCACGGCUCUAGGUGUCAUCAGUAACUGGACAGACGAGAACCGUGUCCCACCCUGCACCAUCUUCCAGGCCUUCAAGUACUACCUGGACAUCACCACCCCUCCCAGCCCGCUGCUGCUGCAGCAGUUCGCUCUGCUGGCCACCAGUGACAAGGAGAAGAAGCGUCUGCAGGUCCUUAGCAAGGGCUUGCAGGAGUACGAGGAGUGGAAGUGGUCCAAGAACCCCACGAUCGUGGAGGUGCUGGAGGAGUUCCCUUCGGUGCAGAUGCCCUCCACGCUGCUGCUCACCCAGCUGCCCCUCCUGCAGCCUCGCUACUACUCCAUCAGCUCAUCCCCAGAGAUGUACCCGGGAGAGGUUCACCUCACCGUGGCCGUGGUGUCCUACCGCACCCGAGAUGGAGAGGGACCGAUCCACCACGGAGUCUGCUCCUCGUGGCUCAGUCGGAUCCAGACGGACGAGGUGGUGCCGUGCUUUGUGCGAGGUGCCCCCGGGUUCCACCUGCCCCAGGACCCCCAGGUGCCCUGCAUCCUCAUCGGGCCCGGCACCGGCAUCGCCCCUUUCCGGAGCUUCUGGCAGCAGCGGCUCUUUGACAUCCAGCACAAAGGGCUGAAGCCGUGUCCCAUGGUGCUGGUGUUCGGCUGCCGACAGUCCAGGAUCGACCACAUCUACAAGGAGGAGACGCUCUUUGCCAAAACCCAAGGGGUGUUCAGAGAGCUGUACACGGCCUAUUCCCGGGAACCGGACAAACCAAAGAAAUACGUGCAGGACGUGUUGCAGGAGCAGCUGGCCCAGACCGUGUUCAAAGCGCUGAAGGAGCAGGGAGGCCACAUCUACGUCUGCGGGGAUGUCACCAUGGCCGGGGACGUGCUCAAGACGGUGCAGAGCAUCGUGAGGCAGCAGGGCCAGCUGUCGGCCGAGGAGGCAGGAGCCUUCCUCAGCAAGCUGCGGGAUGACAGCCGGUACCACGAGGAUAUUUUUGGAGUCACCCUGCGCACGUACGAGGUGACAAACCGCCUUAGAUCCGAGUCCAUCGCCUUCAUCGAGGAGAGCAAAAAAGACACGGAUGAGGUUUUCUGCUCCUAACCGGACCCUUCGCCCCCAGGGGAUGCCAAACCAGUCCCAGCACCUGCUGCCCCCUCCAGCUGGAGGGCACUGGGUUUUGUAUUUCACGGACACGGUGGCUCCUUUUCCACGGGGAACUGCCCAUGGAAAGCGCUCUGUCUCUCGUCCUGUUGUUGUGUCCUGAUGAUGAUGAUGAUAAUUACUUUCAUUUCCUUUUCUUCCCCCUUCUCUUGCUCUUGUCCUGUGGCCAUUUCUUUUCACCUCCUUCCCCUUCCCUGGAUUUCCCCACUGGAGUUCGAUGGCUUUAUAACCUGCAGUGGCUCUUUUCAGAAUUCCACAUUUCCCCUCCUUCCCUUGGGGGCGUUUUGCAGCUGCAUGAAAUCACCACCUUUGUGAUCAUUUUUGGGUGUUUCUGGGCCUGAGCAGAGGUGGCAGGGGCUGGGCAGUGGCGAGGUCUUGUUGCUUGUCCAGAGCUGGGGGGUUGUUCCUGCCAGGCUCCCUCUUUCCCCCGAUUCUGGCUGAAUCCUUGUGUUUUCAUGGCUUUCCUUUGGGUUUGGAUAAACCCAGGCACAUGCCCGAGGCUGGGGGCAGAUGAUGUGCAGUUCCAUCCAAUUCCCAUGAAUUUGAUUCAUCCCCAAGCAGCCUGGGCACAGCUCUGUGAUUUCUGAUCUGAUUUUUGUGUCACGAUUUCUCCUAAACGGGCCCUGCGCUUUGUCCCUCUUUUCCUGCUCUCUUCUCCCGCUCCCUGAGCCUCUCCUUUUGCUCCAUCCCGACUUUUUCUGGCAUGGAAGUUCUCCCACCAGCUCUGAACACACAGGCUGAUGAGCAGCCCAAGGAAAAGCUGCUGGCAGUGAUUUCUCCAGAGGGUUUUACAGGGAAUGCUGGACCUGCAGCCGCGGUGCUGGUGGGACACGCGGAGGGUCCGGCUGCACCCAGAGCUCUGCAGGCUCCCACCCUCUCCAGGAGAGCCUGGAAAGCCACGAGGACGGACCAGAAGCAGCUCCCAGCUGCCAGAGGCACCUGUUGGGGACAAAGGCAGCACUCGGAGGGGGACGGAGGCUCCGUGUCUUUGGCGAGGAUGUGCCAACAGAGGAAUCAUGAAAUCCCAGAGCCGUCAUCUCACGAGCGCUUCAGGGACGGCAGAGCCCAGCUCUUCCCACAUUUUAGGGAGCAGAAAGUGCCACCCUGGAGCCACCUGCCUGCCAGGAGAGACACGUGUGGCGUUCUGGGGUGAGGCAGGUCCCUCUGUGGCACCUGCCAGCGGCACGAGCUGUCUCAGCCAGGACAUCUCGUGUGAGAAGGGAGGUGAGAUCAGCUGCAAAGGUGCUGGGCUCUGACACGCUCACACCUCGGCCCUGCUGCAAGAACCUGGCCCCAAAAAGCAAUUUGUUAACACAGCCACAGAGAGAUUGGAGAAAACAGAAAGGCUCUAACAGAGAAAAGCUGUCUGCAAGGGAAAGCAAGCCUGACCUUGUGUGUCCUUCCCCCUGCUGCACCCUGAAGAAUCACAGCAUAUUCGGAAUUGGAAUUGAAUUGGACAAGGGUCGAGCCAGACCCCUCUGGAGUGAACAGCCCAUCCAGGGACUGAUCCUCAGCGGUUUUAGCACCAGGCUCUGCCCAGCUGAGCCAAGCCCGGGUUUGUCCUCCCUCACUGCAUCACAGGGACAGCAGGACAUGGCUGCAGCUCUUGCUGGAUCCAGGGAUCCAGGGCUGGCAUCUUCAGGUGGCAGCUGCUGAUCCUCCCCUCCUGCCCUGCUUGGAUCCUGGCUGGAGCUGAGCACCAGGACUGCUGAUGGCACAGGGAUCGUCCUGGAGCUCUCACAGGGCUAAGAACACCUGCCCUGAGCUAAAGGCAGCACAGAAAGAGCUGCAGGAGGUUUGCUGCUCUCCCAGCCCAUGGAACAAGCCCCGCUGGCUCCCCUGUCCCGGGCUCUGCUGUUCCUCCCACCCUCAGCCAGGAUCUCCUGCCCUCUCCUGCCACGUCUCCAUGGGCUGUGACACCUUCUGCAGCUUCCCUGCAUCCCCGGAGCAUCUCCAACCCAAAAUCCAGGAGCAGAAGGGCUCCAGGCGCCGGGAGAAUUCGAGAUGCAGGUCUGCUGGUGCCGGCUGAGCAUCCAACACGGGAUAAAACGAAUAAAUGCUGCCACAGUGUGGCCAUUGCUGAGCAGGGCUGGGGACACACGGCCAGCUGUGUGCCACUGCCCGGGGACAUGGGGACAUGGAGGGAAGGGCAGCCCAGCCCUGCGGCUUGUGCCCCAGCAAACCCACAGCCCCAGUGGGAUGGGGGAGCUGGGUCCCUUGGCUUGGGAUGUGGGAAUUUGGGAGAGGCCCCGGCUGGGAGAAAACUCCCUGCCCCCAGAGCUGGGAGCACGCAGCAAGCCUGGCCUGGACCCCCAUCCUGUGGCUGCAGGGACAAAGCUAAAAUCAGAAAGAAAAUCAGACUCAUCCUCUUCUUCUGGGAAAUUCUGGCUCCAGCUUUGUGCUCUGGUCCUCCUUUAGAUGAAGGGGCGAUGCAACCUGACGGGAGAAGGAGGAGGAAGAGGAGGUAAUGCCCAAAGAAACAUCUCUUCAUCCUCUUCCCCGCUCACACCGUGGUGCUGCCAGGUUCUCCCCUCCUGUCCUGCCUGCUCUGCUGUUCCACCUCCCACCUGGAGCCCUGGCUGGGUUAUCUCGCUUGUUGUGCACCCCAAAGCUCGCCACUUCUGUGUCCCCUGAGCCCCCUCCGUGUCCCCUGAGCCCUCUCUGUGUGCCCUGAGCCCUCUCUGUGUCCCCUGAGCCCCCUCCGUGUCCCCUCUGUGUCCCCUGAGCCCCCUCCGUGUCCCCUGAGCCCCCUCCGUGUCCCCUGAGCCCCCUCUGUGUCCCCUGAGCCCCCUCUGUGUCCCCUGAGCCCUCUCUGUGUCCCCUGAGCCCCCUCUGUGUCCCCUGAGCCCCCUCUGUGUCCCCUGAGCCCUCUCCGUGUCCCCUCUGUGUCCCCUGAGCCCCCUCUGUGUCCCCUGAGCCCUCUCCGUGUCCCCUCUGUGUCCCCCGAGCCCCCCGAGCCCCCCGGGGAAGCAGCAGGGAAGCCCAGCCCUCCCUCCCAUGGCUCUGCAGAGGCUCUGGGCCAGGCAAACACUUCCCUGCCGACUCCUUGGGAAGGGAAAUGCUGCUUUAAGGCUCCUUGCCUGGACCUGGAGCAGAAAUCCCCUCCCUGCCGUGAAGGUCCAUGAAGUGAAGGAUCCCCAGGGCUCGGAGCUGCCGCAGCCUGAGCGGGACCGCUGGCUCCUCACAAGCUGCACCGCUGGGAAUUCUGAUUCACUCUUUGCUGUUGAGUCAGCCUCAGACGUCUGAACUGCUCCCCUUCAUCCCCUCCACCUGCAGGGGCCUCGCACUCCCCUCCAGCUUCAUUUUCUCCCGUAGCAAAUGGGGAAGGAAACUUGUGGAUGUGUUUUCUCAUUCCCGAGAUGCGGCCUCUGCUUGUCUCACCGCAGCACUGCUGACAGCACAGCCACAAAAUCCGUGCCAGAAACACAGAGUGAGGUGGGCUCAGUGUCCUGAGCUGCUGUGGGGUCACAUACAGAGGGGCUGUGCCUUUGGGUCACAAAUCUGUCCCCUCUGGGUGCUGCUGCCCACCCUCCUGCGCUGACCCAGCCUGGCCAGCGUCCCAGCCGCUCUCCCGAGGAUCAACACCACCCCAGCUUUCAGCAGCUCUGCUCCUUCUCACCCUCCAGCUGCUAAAGAGACUCUUCUCUGAACAGGUUUGAUUUUCAAGGCACUACAAAGAGGGUUUUUUUGGCAAAGAUUUCACUUCCUAGGCCUUUUGAGCGUCUGCAGAGAGUCAUUACAUGGAUUUGAAAAGCCAGGGGGAAAGGUUCUGUGUUUUCCCAACCUGCUGUGACCACCAGAAGGGAAAAACCAUUCAGUGCACGGGCACCCAGCGCUGUGCUGUCGGUGAUUUCUGAGGUUUGGACUGCCUGGGAGUUUGUUGUUGUUCUGUUUAUGAGAGACAGCAGCAGAACAAUGAGACAUGUGCCACCAGGAGUGGCCUCACAGAGCUGUCACCUCCUCACCGUGGCCUGAGAUCGCUGCUUGGGAAGAGCUGAGCCAGUCCCACCCAGAGUGGCCAGAGGAUGGGAUGUGGCUCCCUCAGUGCCUGUGUGUCCCCAGGAGAGCAGGGACUGUGUCCCCAGGGACAGCAGGGACUGUGUCCCCAGGGAGAGCAGGGACUGUGUCCCCAGGGAGAGCAGGGACUGUGUCCCCAGGGAGAGCAGGGACUGUGUCCCCAGGGAGAGCAGGGACUGUGUCCCCAGGGGAGCAGGGACUGUGUCCCCAGGGAGAGCAGGGACUGUGUCCCCAGGGGAGCAGGGACUGUGUCCCCAGGGAGAGCAGGGACUGUGUCCCCAGGGAGAGCAGGGACUGUGUCCCCAGGGGAGCAGGGACUGUGUCCCCAGGAGAGCAGGGACUGUGUCCCCAGGGACAGCCAGGGCUGUGUCCCC